CGAUCCAGUGUGAGAUGAUGCUACUUGGAUAUCCAUAGUGUGUAUGAUUACGAGGGAACAAAUGAAUGCUGGUGACUACAUAUUUGUACACUAUUUAUAAUGCAUUCAGAAUAACCUGGAGGACAAUACAUUUGAAGGAAGCUGCAGUAUGGUCCGUGAUGUAGUACGUAAGGGUAAAAAACGUAAAUAUGGUGACAAUACAGCAAGGGAACUUUCUUCUCAUUUCCCAGAAGAUAAUCCAGAGACUUCUAUUGCAGAGGAUCACCAAGUGAUGCAAAGUCCCGAGUUACACGGACACAGGAAACAAAAAAAGAAAAGAUGCACCAAAUCAUUAGGUAAACGUGAAAAUUUAGAGACUGUUAAAGUGGACUGUGAAAGAGACUCAAGUCUCUUUGUAAGUGAAGACGCAAGACCAAAGAAGAAAAAGAAACGUGAAAGGAAAAAUAGUUUUAGAUCAGAAGGACAGUGUGAUGGUUCAGAUGUGCAAAAUCUCAGUCUAACAGUCAAGGCUGAAAAGAAGAAGAAGAAAAAGAGAAACAAAUCCACUUCAUUGGGAAGGUUUGACAGUUCAUUUAUGGCAGACUCUGACUUGGUUCUGAAUAAUCUACUUGUUGGUGAUGACGAAAAGGAACAGAGGGAAGAGAAAAAUCAUUCCAGAUCAGGAGUUGCAUGUGACAGUUUACAAAUGGAAGAUCAUAAGUCAUUUUGUGAGCAAAGAAAGAAAAAACAUCAUGGCAAGUCAGUGGGAGGUGACUAUGCUUCACAGGAAUGUGCAGUGGAGAUUGAGGAAGAGAAGCAACCCUCCAAGUUGAUGGGCAAUCAAGUCAAACAAAAGAACAAGAAUCGUCAUUCUCGCUUGGUUGAAGAGGGAGAUACAUCUAAGUUUAAGAUAGAGGUUACCAAAGAAAAGGAUUAUAGUAUUUUAUUGAAAGGUGACAAUAUUUCAGAGACUCCUGCAAAAGAAUCAAUACAACAAUCAAUGUAUAAUCCCAAGUCUGUGGAUGGCAAAGCUGGGAAAAAGAAGAAAAGGAAGCACUGUUCUGAUUUAGCAGAGGUUGGUGAAGUGUCUGAGUGUACUCCAGUAAGGAAUAUACAACAGGUACAGAAUUCAAUAAGGAAGGCUGGUAGUCAGAAGGAAGAAGAAUGCUCUGAUCCAUCGGCAGUAGGUGGUAUAGAAACCAUUACAGGAAAUUCUUACAAAGAGAGGGAAAUUUUAGAAUCUACAGAUGUUGAUAUGAGCACGUCAACCAAAAAGUGCAAGAAAAAGAAGAAAAUGCAGUGUAACACUUCCCUCAGUGACACUGAACAUUUACAAAAGUGUGUGAAGAAAUGUAAAGAAAGCAGCCUGUUCCCAUUUGAAACUGCUGUAGAAAAGAAUUACUCUGCAAACUUCGAAAAUCAUGGUAAGUCAUCAAAGAAACGAAAAGUAAAAUGCAAUGCAAUUGAGAUUUCACAGAACACAGCCACAGACAACUCCACGAUCAUACAAAGUACUGAAACUGUAGGGAUUGUUGCAGAACAAGCUGAACAAGAACUCCAUAAUUCCAGUACAAUUUGCCAAGGAGCUGUCAAAAACUCCAGAAAGUUAAAGCGAAAGAAAAGCAGUUUAUCUAAGUGCAAAUCUAGCAAAACAAACGUGAGGCAGGAUGGGCCCUUGCACUGCUCUGCAUUGAGCAGUGAGAACACAUUACAGAUGGUCAUUACACCCAAGACCAUUGCAAAAUCAAACAAGAAAACAAAGAAGAAACAGAAAAAGAAAUGCCAGGAGCAACAGCGUGUGAUUGUGUCUGACAAUAAUUUUAAUAACACAUCUGUUGAGCAGUCGCAAGAAGAAGGCAAAACUCUUGAUGAAAAUGCAGCCAUGCAGAUGUCUAAAUCCCAGCUGUCAGAGCUCCUCAAAGAUUUUGUUCCAAGUGCAGAAACGCUAGCAGCUGGGACACUACAUAGCAUGUAUAAAUAUGAUCUUCCACGUUUUGAAAAAUUUAAAGAAGAAGGAAUUCCAAUCCGACAAGGCAGAUUUACAAAGGAAGAAAAUGAGCAGUUGCAGAAAAACGUUAAAGAAUUAAUGGAGUUAACUGGAAUUCAAUCUGAGUGGGAGUUUUUCCAUGUUUCCGAGUCCUUUGAUGAAAUGUUAAGAAUAAAACAACUCAAGCAGAGUAAUUUAUUCUGUACUAAAUUAGCUGAAGGCAUUCCAAGACCAUGGAAGUGUGUUUAUCAGCGAGCUAAGAAGAUGUUUGAUCCUAAUCGAUGCAAAGGCAGAUAUACAGAAGAAGAAUUGAAGAAACUGAAUCACUUGCUCCAAAUUCAUGGGAAUCAGUGGAUCAAAAUUGGUAAACUCAUGGAUCGAAGUGAUACCUCUGUUUUAAAUCGGGCAAGAUUAUUAAAGAAAUCCUUGAAAACUGGACCCUGGAGUAAAAAGGAGGUGAGGGCAUUAAUGAAGAUAAUGGAGAAAAUAAUUAAAGAAAGAAUGCAAGAAUUACCCGAUAAUCUAACAAUCUCGGAUUCAGAUUCAAAAGUGCCCAAUUCAAUCUUGCGUGAAAAGUUAUACAAGAAACUUCCUUGGUCUGCAAUUGCAGAGCAAAUGGAACAUCGGAACUGGUUGCAAUGCAGGCAGAAAUGGUUGAGCAUCUUGACUGCAAAAAUGUCUGGCAAGACGAUGGCCUUGAAUACUAACUGUAACCAGAAAAAUAUCAAUCUCAUCAAGAGGUUGUACCUGUCAGGCGUUGAUGACAUUGGUGAGGUGGACUGGGAGGAACUUUGCAGCGCUGUUGGAGAUGUUCCACCUAUAGCCAUUCAAAGGAUGUUCUAUAGAUUAAAAUCCCGUUACGUACCUGACUGGUCCAAGAAGUCCUUCGGAGCUAUUGUAGAAUUCUUACAUGACUACGUAAUUCCAAAAAUGGAGACGAUGCUUUGCACAAAAAGCCAAGUGGAAGAUAUCCAUCAGCCACAACAACACAUGUUCCGAUUAAGUGAUAUAUUUAAUGAAAUUGAUAAUAGUGACUUUGAGGAUGAAGAUGAUGAAGAUGAGACAAUACAUCCAUUGAAGGAACAAUCAGUGCAAACUCCAGCUAGGGAAACUAAAUGAAAACAAUAUUCUGCAUGACAAGAAUUUCUCCAGUGUCUGCGCUGAUUGGAACUGAUGCUGUCCUGCAUGAAGUACUGAGGAAGCAAUAGGACUGGAUGUCGUCUGUUGAACUGUUUUACUUUGAUGUUAUGCGAACUUCCAUACUCCUGUAGUUUUUAAAUAUUCUCCAGUUUUAUUAUUCGACCAUUUACUGAAGAUAAAUAUUUGAUAGAUGAUAAAUGAUAAUGAAAAAGAUAAAUGAUUGCUAUUGGAAAAUUAAAUAUUUCAGGAAAUUUGUGUAAAUAAAUAAAUCCUCAACCCCUACUUUUAUGAAGAUGAAUAAUUCAAUCUUGAGAUAGGAGCAUCACACAGGUAAUUGAAUGAAUAUGCAAAAAAUCUCAGACAAGUCUUUGUAAAUAUUCUCAAUUUUUAAAUUUUAUACCUUUUUAUCCAAUUUUGAUUGUUUUGAAUUCUCAAACAGAUCUCAAUUGUCAAUGCAGUCUGAGUGUUAAACUUCUCAAUCUAAUGUUUUAAUAAGAAAAAAAAAUUCACUAUUUAAAAUUCACUGGUUUAUAUUCACUCAGAGAACAUCAAUGAUUUGUUAUGAAAUUUAAGAUACCACAAUGACAAAAUUCUGUGUAACGGUGUUCAUCAUAUAAAACAUCACAAAUGAUCAAAAGCAUUCAGGAAAAAUAACACUAGGAUGAUAAUCACUGCUUCGUAGGGGUACACGGUAGUAGUCUUGCAGACAACAAUCCACAAUUAUGAAGCAAGAUGAAUGAUCGGUUUGUAUUGAGAUAAUAUUUGAAGGCUGGAUACAAGGCUUUUUCACAAAAAAAGUACUCAGAAGGUCUCACAGCGUCUGAAGAAUACAACAGAUAAUGCUUUACAUUAUUAACCCUUCAUUAAAGCAACAAUUUCUUGCCCUUUGAUAAGUAGUACUAUGGCAUGUUGUACAUGUAUCAAAAAACAUGAGAUUUAAUAAUAUGAUACCUAUAGACUAAUUGUUUUAGAAUCAGAUUAUAAAUUAUCUGCUUGCUUACAACUUUUUGUAGUCGUGAGUACUAACAACAGAGCCCAACUAGAUUGCACACAAGUGUAAUGGGUGGGGAAUGUGAAGGGAAAAUGACGAUUAAGGUUAAUUUGCUGAUUUUUAUUUUAUGUAAACUGGUAGCAAACAGAUGGACAUUAGUGGCUCUCUGUAAUGAUGAAGGAUCAGGGCAGGACAAAGAUGUAGACUAGAUCUAUUAUCUUUCUAGUGCCUGUCUUCAGUUGCCUCUCUCCUGUGAGAUUUUUGUUUUGCUGCUCUGUCAUGCUCUUGUCUGUAUUCUAGACUUAUUGGAGCACAUUCUACAUGCCUUUUUCUAUGCCAGAUAUCUUCCCAGCAAUGCAUUUGUUUUUAUAUUAGAAUAUAGAACAUGGACAGGAAGGCACAGGAACAACUAAUGAUGCCUAAUUAAACCUUCUGUCUACAUAGGGAACCCUAUCCCUAUAUUCCCUGUGGUCAUUUGCCUAUCUUAAGACACUCUUGGAAACCAUCCCUGGCACUGCAUUCCAGGCACUUACCGCUCCGUAUGUAAAAUAAAACAAAGUGCCCCGCACGUCUCCUUUGAAUUUUCUCUUCAUCUUAAGUGUAAGUUUUCUAGUCUUAG